AUGAAUGCAUUUGCGAUGACCGCGCCAGGACAUUUGGCUCCUGGUUUGUGGAGACAUCCCAAUCAAGAACCUCAAACACUCGACCACUGGGUACGACUUGCGAAGAUGUUAGACGAAGCCGGGUUCCACGGCAUCUUCUUUGCCGAUGUGCUCGGUAUUUACGAUGUCUAUCAAAGCAGCAAUGGACCCGCCUUGAAGGCUGCUGCACAGGUUCCGGAGCUUGAUGUAUCUUUACUAGUCUCGGCAAUGGCAUAUGCGACCAAGAACAUCUCGUUCGGAAUCACUGCGUCCACGAGCUAUGAGCAUCCAUACCAGCUUGCAAGACGAUACGCUACGCUCGAUCAUGUUACGCAAGGCCGUGUAGGCUGGAAUAUCGUCACGAGCUACCUGGAAAGUGCUGCGAAAUCUUAUGGUCUGGACCAACUGACACAGCACGAUGAUCGAUACGAAGUUGCUGAUGAGUUCCUCGAAGUGGUAUACAAGCUUCUCGAGGGCAGCUGGGAAGACGACGCAGUCGAAGCGAACAAAACAACCGGAAUCUACACCAACCCCGAUCGUGUCCACCCCAUCCACCACGCAGGCAAGCACUUCCGCUGCAGAGGACCCAGCAUCGUCCAUCCCUCUCCCCAACGCACCCCCUUUCUCCUCCAAGCCGGCGCGAGCAAAGCCGGCAAAAACUUCGCAGCCCAACACGCCGAAGCCAUGUUUCUCCCCGGCAUGCUUCCCGAAAAAACCCGCCAAAUCGUCGAUUCCACUAAAGCGCUUCUGAUUGAAAAAGGCCGACAACCCUCCAGCAUCAAAUUCAUCGCAGGAAUCUUCAUCGUCGUCGACUCCACCGACGAAAAAGCCCAAACCAAAUUCCACAAACUUCUCCAAUACGCCGAUUUAGAAGGCACCGCGGCCCUCUUUGGAGGUUGGACAGGGACCGAUCUUUCCCAAUUUUCCGAUCACGACGAAAAUUUCUCUUUCAAAAAUGGUCCUCCAGCAAUUCAAUCCCUCAUCGACUCGUGGACAAAAACUGUUCCGGGCCUCGAAAAUGUGAAAUGGACGAAACAACACGUGUUGCAACAAUUGGCAAUUUCGGGCGCUCAUCCUCGCGCUGUGGGGAGUCCACAGACUGUUGCGGAUAUUAUGGAGGAGUGGAUUGAAAAAGCGGAUGUGGAUGGGUUUAAUAUUAGUUAUGCGGUCACGCCGGAUACGUUUGAGGAUAUUAUUCGAUAUUUGUGGCCUGAGUUGAGGAAGAGGGGCGUCUUGCAGGAAGGGUAUGUGGGAGAGACGAUGCGAGAGAAUUAUUUGGGCGAUGGAUUGGGGCCGAGGGUGAGAGAGGGGCAUCCUGCGAGGAAGUAUUGGGGGGCUUUUGUAGGGGGGAAGUGA